AUGGCAGACUCAGCCACCCUCAUAGCUACCUGGUUCACACCUUCUUCCGUCUUCAUCGUCGUUAACCUCGUCAUCGCCACCAUAGCACUCACUUCGCGCUUCACUAAGCAACUCCACCAACCCCAACCCCAACGACUCGUUCGAACCCCCUCACUAUUAGAACGUGUCAGCUCCUUCAACUUCGCUCUCUACAAACACCAACCAACCCAUGCAGAAAUAGAACACAUCCAACCCCAAGGACCCGAACCCGAACCUGAAAACCCGCAACUAAUUCGGACUCCCUCGCUUCUGCAGCGGCUUCAGUCCAUGAACUUCUCCCGCUUCUACAGAUCGGAGGAAGAGGAUCCGGGUCGCGAUUCGGGUAAUUCGGAGUUAAGGAAAUCGGCGAGCGAGAACGCGGGUUCAGUGAAGGGAGAGUGGGAGGAUGAAGGGUCGACGGUGGAGCAGCGGAGGCCGGCGACGGCGAGGGGUGGAAUGGUGUCGUGGAGAGGGGACGAAGAGGUUGACGCGAAAGCUGAUGAUUUCAUUAACAGGUUCAAGAAGCAGUUGCGGUUGCAGAGGGUUGAUUCCGUUCUUCGUUACAGAGAGAUGCUGAGAAGAGGUAAAACCCUCCACACAUCCGCCAGGAAUGCGGCAGUGUUGCCGGCGGAGAUAAGCUGGCGAAAAAUCGCCGACAACAAAAAUACUACAGUUUUCUUGCCGUCGAUGAACUUAACCGCCUUGAAAAAGAGCAUCUCAAUGGUUCGAAGCAGCGUUAAUUUAACCUUCGUUGUUCUCCUCGUCGACGCGCGAUUCGCCAUCAUCGUCACCGUUCAUUGCGGAACCUGUGACUCCGCCUAUUUCUAUUUCUUCUCCGAGGGAUGGACCACCGGCAACAUGGGGUUGAAGUUCCCAAAAGGGUGGUGUUGA